CCAGUGCUUACGUCUGGCUGGUAAAAACGGAGUUCCGCAUUCUCAACCCUCGAUACUAUAUAAACGGGCUGAUGUAACAAUUUUUGCUUUCAAAAGUCUGCAUGAGAACUUCAGUUGAUCGGGAAAAAAAUUCUGUAAAUCGGAUUUAGGACCAACGACGAAGCUGGUCAGGCGUGACAUGAUGCCGGGUCAGCUCCUGGACCCCUCCCUGACGACCGGCUCCCUCCCCAACCUGGGCCCGCUGGCCGGGAUCCCCGCCACCACGCUGACCGACCAGCUGAAGUUGGCCAACCUGCGCGCCAUGGGGGGCGUGCUGUCCCCGCUCCAGUUCCUGGGCAGCUUGGGCAAGAGGCCCCUGCCCCUGCCAAUCAAGGGGGAGAUGGAGGAGGACGAGGAGAGGCGGAAACGGAGGCGGGAGAAAAACAAAGUGGCCGCCGCGAGGUGUCGGAACAAGAAGAAGGAGAGGACGGACUUCCUGCAGCGGGAGUCUGAGCGGCUGGAGGUCCUGAACUCGGACCUGAAGGCCCAGAUAGAGGAGCUGAAGCAGGAACGGCAGCAGCUGAUCGUCAUGCUCAACCGCCACCGGCCCACCUGCAUCGUCCGGACCGACAGCGUCAAGACCCCCGAGAGCGAGGCCAACCCCCUGCUGGAGCAGCUGGCAGCCAAAUGAGGAGGGCGGAGCACCCCCCCCCCCCCACCACCCUUUGCCUCCAUGGCGACCAUCGCCACGGGGACUGUUUACAGAGCAGCCAGCGACACUCGGCUCAGCUCAGAGCUGCGUGCGUGUGCUUGUGCGUGUGCAUGUGUGCGUUUCUGUUGCGGCUCCCACCCCGAUGCCUGCCGUUUUGAGGGCUUUUAUUUUGUUCUUCCCCUCCCACAACAUUUAUAAGGGCCGGUUGAUGUGAUUGACUUUUGGCUCGCUUUUCCUCCCCCAGUUGUAGUUAGCAUCUUCUGCCGCGCGGUCGGCGCUGGCGAUUGCUACGGACGAGCGGACGGUCGAGAAGACUCUUCCUAAAUGGACUGCACCACGCUGUUGUUGAGGAAACACUAAAUCAGUACGGCAGAUCUGUCACACGUACCUGGAUGGAACCCAGCGUGUCACUCUGUUUCUUGCCAAUGGUAUAACUGUUGGAAAUACAUGUGUAGUAUUUUAUAAUGCUGAUUUGCAUUCUGCCUUUGACAAACGGCAGUCUCUGGUUUAACCUGCACUGUGGUGACGCAGGCGUCAUGAAAGCACAUAUAUAAAUGAGUUGUUUACAAUUUCUGUUUUUGUAUUGCUACUUCCAGUUUUACACAAUACAUGUUUUUAUAUUGGUUUAUAUAUGUAUUAUAUAAAAGUAUAUGUGUAUUCACUAGAUGUGAUGCAUUUUAUGUCUGUUACAAACCGAUUGUUUUUUUUACACUAUGUUAAGUCACCUUUGUUGCAUUGUUGCAUUGUUGUUUGCACGUUUAUAAAAAAAAAUGUGGUAAAUAUCCAUUCCCGGCAGAGUGGCUUUUCAGUGCCCACAUUUAUACCUGUAACAUGUAUUUCUUUGUUACUCUGUUCUAUAACAAUUAAAUACUGUUUUCAAAUGAAA